UUCUUUGAACACGUUGGGCUGGGGUGCGAGCUGGUGGCAGGGACGAUAGCGGUGGCCUGUCCGGACAGAUCAGCGAGAGGGAUGCCCGGAGGCGGGCAGCUGCAAGGGACAAUCGGACUCCCACGGGGCUGCUGCUGCCCUGCCCCGAGAGGCUCGCUGGGGGGAGGGGGCCCGUAGCGGGCCCGUGCUAUGUCCCCGGUUUUGCAAAGAGCAGCUAUGAAGAGGAAACUGAUGCGCUACAAGAUGCCGUUGGUUCUUCUCGUUUUGUUGGUGGGGGUGCCAACAAGAUCAGUGCUGGCUGACUCCCUAGAAGAUGAAGCUAAGAAUAACAUCACCAUCUUUACAAGAAUACUAGACCGACUUCUGGAUGGUUAUGAUAAUCGUCUUAGACCUGGAUUAGGAGACAGUAUAACGAAAGUCUUCACUAAUAUCUACGUAACCAGCUUUGGACCUGUUUCAGACACGGACAUGGAAUACACAAUAGAUGUUUUCUUCCGUCAAAAAUGGAAAGAUGAGAGGUUAAAGUUUAAAGGCCCAAUGAACAUCCUUCGACUGAACAACUUAAUGGCUAGCAAAAUCUGGACCCCAGACACAUUCUUUCACAAUGGGAAGAAGUCAGUUGCUCAUAACAUGACAAUGCCAAACAAACUACUACGAAUCCAGGAUGAUGGAACUCUCUUGUAUACCAUGAGGCUUACAGUCCAAGCGGAAUGUCCAAUGCACUUGGAAGACUUUCCUAUGGAUGCUCAUUCAUGCCCAUUGAAAUUUGGCAGCUAUGCUUACACAACUUCAGAAGUGACCUACAUUUGGACUUACAAUGCAUCUGAUUCCGUACAGGUUGCACCGGAUGGCUCUAGAUUGAAUCAGUAUGAUUUGCUAGGCCAAACAGUGGGAAAGGAGACCGUUAAAUCGAGUACAGGUGAAUAUACGGUAAUGACAGCUCAUUUUCACUUAAAGAGAAAAAUUGGUUAUUUUGUGAUUCAGACUUACCUCCCCUGCAUCAUGACAGUCAUUCUCUCCCAAGUGUCAUUCUGGCUGAACAGAGAAUCUGUACCUGCAAGAACAGUCUUUGGAGUAACAACUGUGUUGACAAUGACAACACUGAGCAUCAGUGCACGAAAUUCCCUCCCCAAAGUAGCUUAUGCAACAGCCAUGGAUUGGUUUAUUGCUGUUUGUUAUGCAUUUGUAUUCUCUGCAUUGAUAGAAUUUGCCACUGUAAAUUACUUCACAAAACGAGGAUGGGCAUGGGAUGGAAAAAGCGUAGUCAAUGAUAAGAAAAAAGAAAAAGCAUCUGUCAUUAAGAAAAACAAUGCCUAUGCAGUGGCUGUUGCUAAUUAUGCUCCAAACAUUACCAAGGACUCAGUGCUACCAACAAUCUCCAAGAGUGCUACCACCACAGAACCCAACAAGGCAAAGCCAGAAGCCAAGCCGCAAGAAGCAAAGAAAACAUUCAACAGUGUUAGCAAAAUUGACAGAAUGUCUAGAAUAGUGUUUCCAGUCUUAUUUGGUACUUUUAACUUAGUGUACUGGGCUACAUAUUUAAACAGGGAACCUGUCUUACUUGGGUUUGCUCCCUCAACCUAAAAGCUAAAUUACACUGGGGAUGUAUAGAAUCAUUAUAUAUCAGAUAGGUUGUUUUGCUAUGUACAGUACGACUAAUAACUGCUAAUCUGUGAACCAAUAUGUACAGAGUGUAUAUAGAUAACUUAUCCGUGUAUCUCCAAAGGAGGCACACAAUGUUUAUUCAUGGAUCUGUAAACAGAUAACACCCAUGGCUAAUAUAGCCAGCUCUUUAGAACUUCUACCCAGGGGAUUUCCUUAAAACUGGGAUUCAAAUACACAGAAUUAUAUCUUCUCCAUACAAUUAGAGGAAAAUAUGGUCCCGCAUAACUAUUUAGGAACAGUAUUUUUUUAAUUUAAAGUUAAAAUAUUUUUCUAUAAAAUAACUGAUUCUACUUUAAUGGGAAAAGCGG